CACCUCCAACAGUCGCGCCGUUAUAUCGCAGUUGGGCGCGUCAGUCAGUCUGCAGGAAGCAUGAACUGCUUCGCUAUAUGAGCCGUAGCUCGGAUGCACAUACCAAAGAGCUGUUACCCGUGAAUAGCACGGGGCAAGCUCCACGGGAUGUAACCUUCGAGUCCCUUGGAGUGGGAACACCAAUUGCGGCAGCUCUCCGUGCUGCAUUCCCCGAUGUUCAGAAACCCACGACAAUGCAGCGCAAGAUGAUAUCUGCUGUGGUGGGUAGGCAAGAUAUUCUCUUGCAGGACUUCACGGGUACUGGAAAGUCAUUUGGAUUGCUACUUGGACUCUUGAGCAAACCAAGGAUAUCUAGAUACGAUGCAAAAAAAGGAAAAGACCAUGCAACAAAGGGCAUCACAACUCUCCUGAUUGUCCCCCACCGUGACCUUGCAUACCAAUUUUUGCACUGGCUACACCACAUGUUGACGUCUGCGGGUGAACCUGGUCCAUAUUCGCUCGCUUCGAUUGCACAGGUGCUAGUCCGCGGCUCACCACCCAAAAACCUCACAAACUCAUCUCCUCGGAUCCUGGAAGCGAUUGUGAACCCAUCGUCAUCUGGAAUAUCCGUGCUCCGGGAUUAUCCUCCGCAUAUACUCAUUGCCACGCCAACUGCGCUUAUGGACGUGCUUCGCGAGGAGCCGGAAGUGCUCCAGUUAUCCACGUUAUCGACUGUCGUCGUCGAUGAGGUGGACUGGCUUCUGAAAGCGCCCCAGAAAGGCUUGAAGUAUGGCACAGAAAAAGAGGCGCGGUUAAAGCAGAAGCAGCAUCCUGAAGUUCUGAAGACUGUGCUAGAUGUCCUCUAUACGAACACGAAAACGAAUGCCUCAAACCUUUUGCGGAGAGAUCUUUUGAAGAUGAAGUUGGCCCCAAUCGAUCGGCCGCAACUGAUCAUGCUCAGUGCAACAAUGCGAAAUAGGCUGAGGACGUCUUUCUUUGGCGCUUACGGGUGGUUUAAAAGGGGGAAAGUGCUGAAGCUUAUUAAAGCUUCAUCCAGCUCACGUCCGGCUCACGGUCUUAAUCGCACGAUCACACAUCAUGUUCUUGUUAUGUCGCAGGAUGGCUCUGUGAGAAAUAUAGCUGGUGCUCGUAAAGCUCGAGCCCCCACACCGUCGGACUCCUCUGAACAGACGAGUUCUUUUGGAGAACAGGACGAAGAAGAAGAGUUUAUUUUUGAUGAAGAUGAUGAAACACUGCUCGAUGAUGAAACUAACGCGAAUAUGCUGCAAGCUUCUCCUGUUUUUAGUCCGGGGAUGCUUGAAGCCGUUGCAUCCGCAUUCGCUCUCGACGUACCAAACAUUGCGCUUCUGGUCGUACCUGCAACUACAUCCGUCCGACGAGUUAUUUUUGACCUGAAACAACUCGGGGUGAAUGCCCAUGGCCUGGAUCUCGUGGACAAUGAAGCCGGACGGGGACACCUUCUGUCUAAGGAUAGGGAUAUUCCCGAUGAGAAUCCCACCUUGCUUGUAUCGACGCUUGCAACUACUCGAGGGAUCGAUUUUCCUGCGCUAACCCACGUUUUUCUCCUUGGCCUUCCGGAAGGACGCGCGGGAGAUGUUUACCAGCAUGUCGCAGGGAGAGUUGGCCGGUUCGGCCGCCGAGGGAAAGUGAUCACUAUCGUGGAAGGACGCCGGGAGAAUGAGGGGGAAAGGGGUAAAGUUUGUGUCAGGGAUGAUUCGAAGAAGAUGGAUAUAAUGCUGAAGAAGCUUGGUAUUGGUGCAACAAAGCUAGAGCAUUUCGACUGACAGAAGCAGGCGCCGGCAGAAAUAUUUUGCAAGUCACACCGUGACCGUGCCCGUCGGUAGAUUAGAUAUCCCUAGGGAAACACGGGUUGGGAACCGUGGUAUUCGGAUGCGUAGGAUUGGAGUAUGGUAAACAUGAGUUUUGAUGUGGCGCCGUUGUGUGAGUUAUGACGGGAUUAUUAACGGCGGUAGUAUGCUGUUGGUUGCUGUCUUGCACGCGGAUCAAACCAAUCAUACAUCCAAAUAGGACCACUGGCAUGAUG